UUUAACACCUCAACGAAGGUAAUCAAUCAUGACAGUUAAAACUCAUUUAAUACUUUGACAUUCUUUUACAACUUACGUUAAGAGUUUCGCAAGAUAUGAUUUCAAGUAUUUUGGUUUCUAGUUUACAAGCUAAGCAGAACAACAUGAUCAUAUAAAUUUAUGUGGGACUUACAGCGGUGCAGUAUAUAUACCUCGAAUCUAUAGCUCACAUAUGGCAUCUUUCAGAUUAUAUAUCAUGAUUAACAUAACCUACUUUUUUACUUUUGUAAAACAACAAGGGCACGUUUUAUUAGUGUAAUAACCCAAAUUAUUCUUGAAAAUUUCCUUUAAAACAGAUUGAUGGAAGUGCCUGGCGUCUUAAAACGCAUAUCUCUGGUGUGCUCGUUAAUCAUCGAAACAUGGCAUAUGCCUUUGUGGACUUGUGUGAAUGGAGCCACGACUCCAACCUUACUAUCAAUGUGUUGCUAGCCACACUAGCAGAUUUAAAAGAAUCGGUACGUUCAUGAUAUAUUUAUUAUAACAGUUACAAAUGAAGAUAUUGGUGAAGCUCCGAGACCUCAUGGUACAUGUACAUCCCGGGGGAAUUUACAUAUUCAACUGUUCGGGGAUUGGUAUGUGCGUGUGUGUGCCUGUGAUGUACGGUUUUACGUACAACAGGCUCUCCAUUUGAAAAAAUUGGAAAAAUUGGAAACAUUUUUGGUGAAAAAUUGUCGAGUAGAGGGAUUUUUUUACCUUUUCCCCUAACGGAGAGCCUGUUCACAGUCUAUUGAGCGGUCUAGUAAUCGGUCGGUAUGUCGGUCGGUUUUCCGUAAAUUGUCGUUCACAGUCUGUUGUUAGAUUUUCCAAUAUCCCCUUGGUAAACUGUAUUUCCGCGUUCUGCCGUCUGUUAAGGUGUUCGUAAAAAUCGUCGAUUUCGUCUUUUAUUUGUGUUAACGUAGCGUAACAGAACGGAGGUAAUUAUAUAUAGUUCGCGUAUAAGUAGCUAGCUUGUGGCAGUUGUUCCUCGAGGUUUUGCAUAUUAACUUGAAUUUCUGCCACAAGAACAGGAACUGGAGCUAGAGUGCCGAUGGCUGUACUGUUUGCCUUUGUACUGAACUCCUUCCUAAUUAAGUCACAGUGCUUAUUCUUUAUUUUCAUAUUCUUUUAGCUUGGAUAUCUGCCGAAGAUAUUGUAUCUCCAGAUGGACAACUGCUGGAGGGAGAAUAAAAAUAAAUUCGUCAUCGCUUUUCUUUCAAUACUGGUUGAAAUUGGAAUUUUCGAUAAGGUAAACGACUCAUCACUUGUAAUUUUACGUACCCAGAUUAAAUAGAAAGACAGUAGACAAUGCACUUACCCUUAAAUUAAAAUAAUAAUUAAAAAAGAUAACAUCGUCAUGUUUCGUCUUUGCUUAUUCCACUUGAAUUUGAGACACCAAUUGUACAAUUCUUGAUCGAAUAAGUUGAAAACUAAAUUUCCAAUUUCCAUGCUAUAUAUAUAUAUGGCGCAUUCAAUAUGAAGCCACACAAAUAAUAUAAGGGCAACCGACAUCAAAAGAAAAAUAUAUAUAUAUUUAAGUGCGUAAAUUUAUAUGUUUAUUUCUUCAUUCAUGUAUUUCAGAUCAAACUGUCUUUCCUCGUCGUCGGGCAUACGCACGAAGACAUUGAUCAAAUGUUUUCGUGCUAUGCCCGAAGACUUUCAAAGCAUGAUGCCAAAACUCUGCCAGAGUUAAUGGAAGAAAUUCAAGCAAGUUUUUCACCUUCAGUUAAAGUGAAACUACUUCAAUCCUUGUUCGAUGUAAAGGGGUGGAUGUCAGGUCACGUCGGUGAUCUGACUGGACAUACCCCCCAGCAUCAGUUUAAAAUCGUAAGAAACAAAGAUGGAAAGGCAGAGGUAAGUUAGCUGACAUUCUCCACUCAUCUCUUACCUUUACGAGUACAGUUGUACAGUACCUAAAAUGAUCCUCGACUGCCAGUGAUUGCGGUAGUCUAGGAUCAUUUGCGGUCCAUUUUGGGGAUCAUUACGGUACAAUGCUUUCUAAAUAUUCUGGCGCUUCCCACUAUACAAUUCUUAAGUAGGUUAUAAAAACUACUGUUCUUUUCAAGGUGGCAUAAUAAGGCUUUGGAAUCCACAUUGACAUUAAUGAGCAAAAGCAUCUUUUUACGAAAACAACUUUUCAAAGAAUACAUUCUUCUACUUCUUUCUACUCUUUUUCGUCGCAGAUGUUUUACAGAAAAUGGUCUUCAACAAAGAACUGGUCUCCAGAGGGGAAGGGAAUCACCGUGCAUACGGGUGUCCCCUCUGGAGACCCAUCUCUGUCUUCGCCUGUCAUUGCCAAUCUAAACUUAGACAGGAUCAAACAAGACCUUCCCAAAUUUAGACUGCAAUUUACCAACGCCGAACAGAAAUGGUGGGAAGACUUCAUCCGAGAACAGUCAGACAGAGAUGGAAAACGCCGGGGAAAAGGCCCGCGAGUAAAAUGGAUUCUUCCAACCCUCAGGGAAGAUGAAAUUGACGAAAGACCGAAUGAUGAGGCAGUUGAGAGGUAUGCUGCGCUGCAGCAGCUUCUUUCAAAGGAGCAGAAGGAAGUGAAGAUAAGCAAACACAGUAUACUUCCUUCUCACACCUUGUGUUCACCAAAUUCUCCCCUUUAUUUAUUGAUCCGAUUGAGCUUAUUGAUCGUUUUUUUCUCACGUGGCCAAUAUGGAUAUUGAUGGCGAGCGUUCAGUAUAAAAACUGUGCAUGGUUGAACUCCAUGUAG